CUUGUCGCAAGAUCGGAAAGAAAGUCUGCUAGAAAAGGGCUUAAUGCACAUGGAAACGUAUGAGAAAACAAGGUCACAGAGAUUGGAACACGUGGAUCAACAGCUUGGAGCUGGUGGAACUGUAUCUUCCUCGUCUAGAGCUGCUGCAACGCCAUCGGUUGGUCUGAAUCCUCCUGCUAUUGGG